CUAAACAAUCGUCCUGUUUUCCGGUAGUUUCUAUGGAUAUAGCAGUCAGAUGCAGAGAUAUCGAGGUUAGCCUUUAAGCAGCCAGGGCACGCAGUUUGCGGAAUCUGAGAGGCGAACUGAUAUGGGAGCAGGUUGUGUUUUUAUGCAACGGUUGCUCUGAAGUUGCAGUUAAAAUGUCUGAAUCUCGGAGUUUUUCAGCGCUGGAGAAUUUGAGCCCAAAAUCCUCUGAUCAGUCAGUCAGAACCAACGAUGUCCACCAACUUUUGGUGAUCAAAGAGGAGCUUGAAGCUGAGGAGCAGAUUUGGAGUCUUAACCUGAAACAGGAGGACCAGAAGCCUCCUCAGAUUAAAGAGGAACAGGAGGAGGCUGAGAUUAUAGAGUUCACAUCCUUCAAGAUUGAAGAUGAAGAUGAACAAGAACAACCUCGACCUUCGAGGCUUCAUCACAUCCAGACUGAAGAGAAUAAAGACUCUUUGGAACCAAAACCUGUUGAAUGUUUCGAAUCACACCAUGAAGAAGAAAGUUCAGUUACUUCAGAGACGGACGUCAGCGAAGGAAACUGGGGGGAGAGCGGCGAACCACAACCGGCUUUAAAAUCAGGUGAUCCAAUCUGUGACGUCGAGCAUAAACUGCACACCUGCAGUGAUUGCGGCAAAGCAUUCAGCCGGCGGGAACGUCUGUUGAGACACAGAAAAGUCCACACAGGAGGCAGACCUUUCAGCUGCUCCUUCUGCGAUGCGACUUUUAAAAGAAAGUAUACUUUAGAGCAACACCUUAGAACCCACACAGGAGAGAAACCUUUCAGUUGCUCCAUCUGCGGUCAAAGCUACCGACACAGCGUGAGUUUAACCCGCCACAUGAGAGGCCACACUGGAGAGAAACCGUACGCAUGCUCUUUUUGCCAGGCCACCUUUAGAUGGAAGAACACUUUUCUGGAGCACACUAGGAUCCACACAGGGGAGAAACCCUUCAUCUGCCCCAUCUGUAACGGGUCGUUUACAUGGAAAAACUCUUUUAUGGAACACAUGAGAAUCCACACAGGAGAAAGACCCUUCAGCUGCACUAUGUGUGACGCUACCUUUAAAAGGAAAUUUACUUUAAAGCAGCACAUGAGAACCCACACAGGUGAAAAACCCUUCAUCUGCUCCAUCUGCGGCCAGAGCUACCGACAGAACGCGUGUCUGAACCGUCACAUGAGGACUCACACAGGAACCAAACCUUACUCCUGCUUUGUCUGCAACCUUACUUUUAAAUGGAAGAACACUCUAAUUGAGCACCAGAGAAUUCACACGGGAGAAAAACCUUUCAGCUGCUCCGAUUGUUCUGCAAUAUUUAGAAGGAAGCAGGAUUUUGUAAGUCACAGCAAGGUUCACAGCGGAGAAAAGGCCUUCAGCUGCUCAGUUUGUGGUGAAGGCUUCACUAAAAGCAAAUAUUUAAACUCUCACAUGAGAAUGCAUGAAGGACAGGAACCUGUCUGAAAGACUAUAUAUCCAGUCGGAAAAACAAACUAAAGGACAAUAUUAACUGUGUCUAAAGGAGCAGAUGAGACUGUUUGAAAAAACUCAGAAGAAUAGUUAUCAUGUUUUUUAAAGAAUAAAACCCCCUUGAUAAGGAAAAUUGAAUGGAUAUAACU